AUGUGUAAUGAAGUUUGGCUAACGAGUCCUAAUAGCAACACUUAUGCUCAAGAAAACGACGAUCACGACGCGAAAAGUCGAGUCUUUUGUACAAAAGAAGACUGUGAGGAGACUUUUGGUAUGUUUCUAGUGAAGGAGACUAUGUACUUGCCCGAACGAAGCUACUCGGAGCUUAUCAGGAGCAGCGACACGAUCCGUAAUGCUCGGUUUAAAUCGGUCAAUUGGCUCAUUACGGCUCAUAAGAGGAUGAAUUUGUGGGCUGCAACCGUUUUUCUCGCCGUGAAUUACCUCGACCGGUUCAUCUCGAUCGCUCGAUGCAGGGAUUGGAAAAGCUGGAUGUUUGAUCUAUUGUCUGUGGCAUGUUUAUCAAUUGCUUCAAAGUUUAAUGAAACAAAUGGUCACUCACUGCAUGAUUUUCAGGUGGAUUUUGUGGAUACUUGCUUUGCUCCAACUCUAAUUCAAAGUAUGGAAUUAACAGUGUUGAAGACCUUAGCAUGGAGAAUAAAUUCUAUUACUCCAUUUUCUUAUAUCCAUAUAUUGGCACAAAGUGUCGAUGACUUGACUAAACGAGCAACCGAGUUGCUACUUUGUGUCGUCUUAGAUCAUGAAUUCUUGGAGUUCAAGCAAUGUGUUGUGGCCAUGUCAGCAGUGAGGUGUGCACUUGAUCAAUGUGUAAUAAAAACAUCCACAAAAAAUGUCACAUUUGGACAUUUGGAAACUUUCAUUCCUCAAGAUCAGAAGGAUGGUAUGAUCGAGUGCCGAAGGAUAAUGGCGAAAGUAAUAGCACGGGAUCGUGAAAUUCUCAUUCGAGGCAAAAAAUCACCUGCAACUGCUUUGAAAGUGGAUUUGUACGAUUUUCGGAAUUUUUCGGCCGAUGAUGAUUCGUUCCUCAGGACUCCCGAAAUAAAUGUCGGUUCAGGUAAGAAGAGAAAGAGGGAAGAAGAAUAG